CUAAAACUUAAUACACUAGAAUUACCAAGUCAAUUUUAAAUAUUUCACAAGACGAUGCUACAAAGAUUUCUACUAACUAUAACGAAACUUUUCUUGACACUUUCCUAUCCUUUUCCAGCUGAUUCACAAGAGGAUUUAGUACAACCAGAUGAAACACACUUAGAGGGUGUUCCUGUCUUUAUUCAGCAUCCUAAACCAUUGUAUUACACAACAAAAAAUAAACCAGCUACAAUAGAAUGUGUUGCUGAACCAGUUUCACAUGCCGCUAUCAAAUGUGCUGAACAGACAAUACCAUACAAAGGCCCCGGUGAGUCAGGAACAUUGGAGAUUCAAAGGCUGAACUCAGACAAUUUACCAGAUCCAGAAGGUAAACGUUGGAAACUACGCUUAGAAGUCAGAGCUCGAGAUGUAGAAGAAUGGUUUGAUACAUAUGUUUGUCAUUGUGAAGCAUGGAACAAAGUGGUUAAGCUACAACGACCGAAGAAAGUUAUCAGCAAUGCAACAGAAAUCAAAGAAGCCUACUUGGACGAAAAGUUUCAACUAGAACCAGUUUCGACAGAUUUGGCUGUCAGUAAACGUCUUGUGCUAACAUGCCUACCACCUGAAGGAGAUCCUGAUCCUGAAGUUUAUUGGUUAAAAGAUGGAAAACGUGUUGAUGUUAAAUCAUUUCCACACAUUAUUAUUAAUGACUAUAAUCAUUUGAUCAUAGAGAAUACAACCACUGCAGACAGUGGAAAUUAUACAUGUGUAGCAGCCUGUCUUAAUGGGGAGAAAAGACGUGCUGUUGCUCGAGUUAAUAUUUUCCCUUAUAAUUCUGUCAUGAAUCGACCGUUAGCUGGUGAUUUAACUAGUUGGGGUGAGUGGGGAGCAUGUCAUAAACUUACAACAGACGGAAGCAAUGCACGAAUAGUUUGUCAGCAAACUCGUAGUCGUUUAUGUGCCAAUCACAUAACUUCAAAAACUGAAUUGAAAUCACUUGAUAUGAAUCAUCUAGCAAUGGAUCAGUGUCCCUUGCCUUUAUUCCAGACAAGGAAUUGCUCUGCAAGUCAGUGUGUCAGCUCUAUGAAUAAAAUUGUUCCCAAGGGAAUACACCUUUCAGACAUGAAACCACCGACCACUACAUCAAAGAUGCCAAGUUCACAAAUGUUUAAAACUCGAGAAAUCGCAAUUUAUGUCGGCUUAUUUUUAUCUUUAGCUGUACUGCUGGCAGUAAUUGCUAUAGUGGCUUUAAUAACUAGACGAAAAAGUUUGAAAUUUUCUACUGCUCGAGCAAUUCGCUAUUCUGCUUGUCUUCAGAGUGAGUGGUUUGCUUUUUUUUCUGUGUGCAGCUAAAUAAUGACGAUAUCUUUAGGGUAGUCCUUGAGGAGUAGAGAGAUAGGAUGGCAGCCAAUCAAUAUGAGACUAAUUAUGUUUGUAGUAGCAGUGAAAAUAUCAAUAUUUUGGUAUGCUGGAUUGAUAAAAGAGGGAAAUGUAAGUCCUGAGCACAACCGAGAACUAUUAACGAAC